GUUAUACAUUGUCUACCAUCAAUCUGAACAACCAUUCACACGAUAUGGCUGAAGCAUCGAGUUCUAGCUCAAAUAUGGUGAACAACAUGCACUCAGACCCUGAACUUGGCCCUCGAAUCGCCAACAUGUUGUUUGAGACCGUCCAAGAGAAGAGGAAGCGUGUGAGGGAACUCGAGGCGAAAUGUGAAGAACUUGUAGUGUGUAUCAUUCGAUGUGAUCUCGAAAUACUUCUAACAAUGCCCUUGGAAGAACCUUGGAAAACUUCAAGCAGCACAAGAGACGUCUAUUCAGUCUAUCUCCGCAGAGCUUCGUGAGAUGAAAGCAACCAAUACCAAUCUUAAGAAGGAGGUUACCAGGAUUGAGCAGAAGAAAAAGGAGAUAAUCUUGGAAAACGACACUUUGGCAAAAGAAAGAGAUGCCUUACUAAAGGAGAAAGAUCAGCUGGAACGGAAAUUAGGCGACAGCCAGCACAGAGUAAUAGUCAAAGCUGAGCCAAGUGGUCCGAAUAUACAUGCGAACGGAUCGAUAAAUGCAAAGUAUCCUCCUAAGGCUCCCAGAGCUUACAGAGUAUCGCCAGCCUCAACGUCUCAAGCUGCCUAUUCUGAAGUCAGAGACCAGAAUAUAAUCCUAAACGAAGUCAAUGACUCAUUGAGGGAAAAGUUGAAAAAUAAAGAGUUAGAAUUGAAACAGAUAGGUCACUGCUUAGCUGAAGCGGAAGCCUCUAAGGAGGUAAUUGCAGAGAAGCUAAAAUCCGAACAAAGCACGCACUAUAAUUUGAAGGAGAAAUAUGACCUGUUGAAGGAUAGUUUUGAAGAGCAGAAACAGGAACUGGAAAAGAAGAAGUCGGACCUCAAUUCAGCUCAUAAAGCAUUACAGCAAACUGCGGCAGAAAACACAACACUGAUAGUGGAGAAGGAAAGAUUAGAGGUGCAAAUAGCAUCAAAGUACAAAACAAUGGAGGCUGCUUUAGCAGUCGAACAGGCAAAAAAUCAGGAGCUAUUAGCUGAAAGAACCAAACAGAAGGAUCAGGCUGCACUACAAGUGGAAAUGUUUUGCACCACAUGCAAAGCUAAGGAGAAUAUCAUGCAGAUGAAAGGAAAGUCAACUCAGAUCAAGCAGGAGCAAAUACAUGAUCGAAUUCAAGGCCCGAAUGACACGACACUGCAACAAUCUAAGAUACAAGGGUUAGAGGAGGAGCUGCAGCUCGUAACAGAAAAACUCAACGAAGCGGAUAUUCGAGCGAAGUUGUAUCAGGAGAAAUACAAACACAUGGUGAUGGAGAAGAAAGCACUGGGGAACUGCAAUGAUUUACACCUGCAGGCACCUACACCCAUUCCUGAGCCCACUGGAUAUACCCCUAUAUGCCCUGCUGACGCACCGCCCAUCAACGAUAAUUCACGACCUCGAAGUCAUUCUCCCACUCCCACGUCCGUAGCCAUCGAAUGUCAUGACGCUAAUGACCCCACGCCGCUUGUUGCAUCUCCUCUGCCUCCUCCAGUUUCAGAAUCCCUUGCGGCUGCUGGAAUCACCCUCACUCAACCCUAUAGCACCUCCCCUGCCUCUGCGCAUUCGCACAUCUCUCAUACGGAUGCAGUAGGUCAAGCCUCUAGUCCAAUACAUGCAUCAGUAUCUCCUCCCCCUCGCAUUGCAGAACCGAUGACGGAUCCGGAUUGUGUAAACGGAAUGAGGGACAUGAGUCAGAGUCCUGAGUGUAUAUCCCAGGGAAACCUCUUACAAACCGUCAUAAGCACCGUCUCCGAUCUACCUCAAUGUACGCAACUAAGGGAUGGGAAAGAAAGACUGCCGGUUGCGCCGAGGUCUAGUAAGCUGUUGGAUUGUUUACGGGAUGCAGUGAGUAGCUUGCUACCGAAAUCAUGGUGCACUUUCAAAUAUCGAUCCAGGCUCCUACGUAUCACUGGCGAGUCAAGCAAAGCUUGUGUGUCCGAAUUCAUCAAUAACAUAGUCUGGUUUCACCAGGGGACCAGGUACCAUAUUCUUCUUACCGGGACGGCUGCUCGAAGCAGGGUCGCAACACUACGUCGUUGUAGAACCCGCCAGUCAAUUAAUUCCGAACACGGGGCACCGCAUCCAUUCACGCAUUGGAGAUUAUAUCGGUCAAACUCGCGACUUAUUCGUCACGGAUAAUGAGUGGAUCUUCUACGCUGGCUCAUACAAGCUCUUCAAAAUUGGCAAAGCACCGUCGGCGGCAUUUAAAUUCUCUGACUUUCACGAUAUUACACUGACGGCUCUCACAAACGCGUGCAUGCCGAAAAAUCACUUACAGGGAUUCCCUCGAGAACAAAAAAUCAGAGAAUGGAUAGAAAAAGGGGUGAUCAAGUUGGACUGUAUCGGGUUACAAUGUGUCAAUUUUAACACGAGUUUGUCCACCAUGCUCAUCCAACACCACGAUGAAGGUGCAAGAAAGCGAAAACGAGAAGAGAGCGAGGCUAGAGAGCGGCGGUAUGGGCC